UUCUGCGACACUGAGAGAGGACGCACUGACGGACUGACAUUUAGAUUCAACUUCAGAGCAAAACCAGACAGCUGCAGGAGAGAAAACUGGGAAAACGAGAAAUACAAGGAUACUGGAAAUAUCUGCACUUUAACCUGAAACUGAAUCUAAAAACCGGAUGAGAAAUUAAAAAGAACAAAGAAUACAGAUCGGAAUAACUUUCAGUGACAGGGAGCAAGUAUCAGUUGUUUGUCUGCUUCAUCUUCAGCUUGAGAUAAAAUGGCGUCCAAGUUAGAGGAAAAUCUGUGCUGUCCGGUCUGCCUUGACAUCUUUAAAGAUCCAGUCGCCCUGUCCUGCUUCCACAGCUUCUGUAAAGACUGUCUGCAGAACUGCUGGAGGGAGAAGUAGAAUAAGGAGUGUCCAGUUUGUAAGAGAAGAUUUUCUAAGAAUUGGUUAAAGAACCAGAGAGCUUCAGAGGAUCUCUGCAGUCUGUACUCUGAGAAACUCAAACUCUUCUGUCUGGACCAUCAGGAGCCGGUGUGUCUCAUCUGCAGAGAUUCACAAAAACAUUCGGAGCACAGAUUCAGACCCAUCGAUGAAGCCGGACGACAACACAAGAAGAAACUUCAGGAAACUCUGGAGCCGGUAAAGAAGAAGUUAAAUGUUUGUGAACAAGUUAAAGUGAAGUUUGAUCAAACAGCAGAACACAUUCAGGUCCAGGCCCGACACACAGAGAGGCAGAUUAAGGAGCAGUUUAAGAAGCUUCACCAGUUUCUAGAAGAGGAAGAGGAGGCCAGGCUGUGUGCACUGAGGGAGGAAGAGGAGCAGAAGAGUCAGAGGAUGAAGGAGGAGAUGGAGGCUCUGAGCAGAGAGAUAGCAGCUCUUUCACACACAGUCAGAGACACAGAGGACGAGCUGAGAGCUGAAGACGUCUCAUUCCUGAAAAACUACAAGGCUGCAGUGGAAAGAGUCCAGCAGCGCCCCCUGCUGGAGGAUCCACAGCUGCCCUCAGGAGCUCUGAUAGACCAGGCCAAACACCUGGGCAACCUGAGCUUCAACAUCUGGAACAAGAUGAAGGACAUGGUCUCCUACAGUCCGGUCAUUCUGGACCCCAAAACAGCUAAUUCAAAAUUCAUCCUGUCUGAAGAUCUGACCUGUGUGACACCAGGAGAGAGACAGCAGCUUCCUGAUAAUCCAGAGAGGUUUAAUUUAUUCUGCUCUGUCCUGGGCUCUGAGGGAUUUAACUCAGGGACUCACAGCUGGGACGUCCAGGUUGGAGACAAUACAGACUGGGUACUGGGUGUGUUAGCAGAGUCUGUAAAGAGGAAGGGAGACAAACUGUCUGGAUUUUGGUUGAUAAGGUUCUAUGAUGGUGAAUACAAAGCACUCUCCUCAUCACAUCCAGUCUCUGUUCUCUCAGUGAAGAAGAAGCCUCAGAGGAUCAGAGUGAAUCUGGACUGUAACAGAGGAGAGCUGUCGUUCUCUGAUCCUGAUACUAACACACACAUACACACCUACACACACACUUUCACUGAGAGGAUGUUUCCAUACAUUGGAACUGGGGAUGAACACUCACUGAAGAUUUUGCCAGAGAAGAUCUCUGUGACUGUGGAACACUAAUACAUGAUGAUGAUGAUGUUCUGAAUCUUCGUCUCUGAUUUUCUUAGGGUUGUGUGACUGCGUUGUCAUGGUGAUGGUGAUGUUGUAUUGUUGAAUCAUUCAUUAUAACUUUGAGUAUUUCCACAGCAGGUAAAAUCUUGAUCCUGAUUGGUUGGUUUGUUGGAGUCUAUUUAAAGAUAAUCUGCUCAACGUGUUAACUGGUUAACUGUCAUCUGUUGCUUCAGCUGCUGUGAACAUUUGAUUUCAGACUUUUUCACUUGAACUCUGAGGAGUCCCUGAAGGCAUCAUCUGUAUCUUUGUGGUUAAGAUUCUCCUGACGUCCUGAAGCUGCAUCAGAAGUUGUUGCUCUGAAUUAAAAAAAAACAAGCCGUUAUAAAAUGUAAAUCUUGUAUUUAUUGUGAUUCUUACAGAAAAUAAAUCAAGGAUGUAGGAAUA